CACUAGACGAGCAAUCUGUUUGUUUAUUGGUCGAAAGGUGGCCUUCUUUCUUCAAUAGCAAAAUGGCCGAAUUUCGUAGGAGCACGACAGACGUCCCGGAAUGUAUGUGUGCAUAAACGUGGAAUAAUCAUCGUUGUAAAUAAACUGAAGUGCUAGUGCCGUCCUUUUGUGUCAGUGAAUGCUGUGUUACCCAGUGCCUACGUUGUGAUCUAGUUUUUAACAAGGUGUUUUAUCAGUGUUUUGUGUCUUGUUUUCCCGAGUAACAUCGGCCUGACAUCUGUUUUGGAUUUAUGUUGACUUGAUAACGGUGAUGCUGGGCGGGGCAGGGUCGCCGGGCGGCGAUGAGCUGCUCACUGUCACCGUCGUCCGCGACGAGCACGGAUAUGGCAUGAAAGUGUCCGGCGACAACCCAGUAUACGUGCAGUCAGUAAAAGAGCACGGGGCGGCAUGGCGCGCCGGGCUGCGGGCGGGCGACCGCAUCCUGCGGGUUGACGGUGUGCCUGUCCACCACCACACGCACCAGCAGGUCGUCAUGAUGAUCCGAGCCAACCCAACCGCCGUCCUGACGGUGCAUCAGAACACCUCGCGCCACAAAACUCCUAUCACCGCGCCUCAGCCUGUAAACCCGGAGAAACAAAGGCAGUUAGAGGUGUCCAAAGUGCACACGAUGAGAUUGAUGCUGGAGCAAGAGCAGAAAUACAUCCGAGAGCUACGCAACGAACUCUCCAAAGUGCCUGACGUAAGGAAGCAGGCGCAACUGGAGUCCUCCGAGCAACGUUGCGCCACUCUCCAGCACGAGAUAGACUCCAUCACCGCCGGACAUCCCCCACAGCUCGAACCGUCGCCGGCCACUCCGCGACUCUCAAGAACCAAGACCAACCUCGACAAGCCAGCCGGCUCACCGCCACCAACCAGCUUUCUUAGCGGCCUACCUAGAUCUCUGAGCAACUUGACCGGACAAAGCUUAAGGAAUCUAAGGACUAGACAAAACAAUAAACAAGAAAACACACCACCUUUGGUCAGACAAAACUCAGAUGAAACUAACAAAAGACGACACGUACACAACAACACGGUUCCAAUGGUCCCUACAACGUGUCUGGAUAACACACCCCCACCGUUACCUCCAAGGUCUAUUGAGCGUCCGAAGCGAAGUCCGCUAUCGCCAAACAUGACUCCGAUGAAUCCUUUAGCGAAACCGAAACCGAGCUCCUCCGUCUCACCGGCUCAUAAGUAUUAUAAAAGAGAUAGAGGAUCGCCGAUGCAUCAAUCCAUGCCGUCGUAUGAGAGUCAGAAGUUGAGGAUGUCGUCUCAUUCGUUGGAUGGAGAGUUAGAUGGGCCACAGCCUAACUCUAUAGCUCUUCAGAUGAGCUAUCCGCUGGUGAAUGUCCCGCCUCCGCCGUUACAGACGGACGACAGAACAGGGUUGCCGAUACUGCAUGUUAGGAGUCAAUCGUCGCCCGAGCAUUUAGACCACGGGCUACCCAGGUCGGGCUGGGCUUGGGGCGCGCCGCCGCCGGGCACGCCGCCGCCGCCCUACGCGCACAACACGCAGCCGUGCGCCGACCCGCAGCGGGCCAUCAUCUCCAUGGAGGAGGAUGACUCGCCCGCCUGUGAGACAUCGAAUCCCGGCCUGUUCUCGAAUCUUCGAACGGUGUUGGACUCCAAGGCACGAACGGCGGUCCUGCUCAACUGGCUUUUAGGAGAGAGAAGAUGCGCUUGCGCCACCCUUCUCCUCCUCAUCACCGACGGCUAUCGCUCCGCGCAAGGCGUGCCCACGUCCACCCUCCGUCGUUGGGCCUACGAGAUACAAUCCACCUUCCUGGCACCAGCGGCCGUGUUACGACCCCCAACUCUAGACCCGCAGGCGGUUAAAGAGGUCGAAGAUGCUUUACAUGACGAUUACGAUAAAGAAGAAAUACUCCGCAACGUCUUCCGAAAAGCGCGACAGAAGGCGAAAGAAGAGAUGGCGCAACAACUCAACGAGUUUCAAGUGAAAAGACAAGUCGGCCUAGGAGGUCUCUACGGGCCGGAUGACGCUCAGAUCGAGAGAUGCGUCGUUGACAAGGCUCAGGAGCAAGUGAUAGUGGAGCGGCUGCUAGUACAGUGUCUCUCCGGCGUGGCCGGCGCGGGCACCGGCGGCGCGGGCGCGGCCGCGGGCGGCUGCGGCGCGCGCGCGGAGGGGAGGGCCGCGCUGGGCGGCUGCGGCGCGCGCGCGGAGGGGAGGGCCGCGCUGCUGGCCGCGCUACAAGCCGCCGCCUUGUAUCUGCAGUGCCGGCCGGCGACGGUGGCGGCGGCGGCGGGCGGCGCGCGCGCGGGGUUCCUGCAGCGCGACAAGCUGUACAAGCAGCGCGUCAAGCAGCUCGCCAAGAUGAACCCGCAACCGUUCAUAGUUCGCGGCCACCACCUCCAACUCCAAGCUCUGACCUCAGAAGCACACUGCCAUUAUUGCGACGAGGUCAUUUGGGGUCUGGCUCCUCAGGCAUACUUCUGCACGGAUUGCAAGCUGCGCGUCCAUCGCAACUGCGCCAAGUCCGUGGAAGAAGCGUGCAUUAUAACCGGCGACCACAACAACCGGAUAUCCCGUCUCAUAGACCUAAUACACCCCGCCCAUCAACCACAAGACGACAAGAAAGCGAGAAAAGCUGCGAGCACAGCACAUUUUCUCAACAUGGAGCGCAGCACCCGCAAGCUAGAAGACGACCAGCUUCCUCGAGCGGAGCACGCGCUCACCCCGCCUCAAGGAGAAUCGAAACGAGAGGGCUCCUCGGAAGAGCCGACUGCGCCCGAGCCCGAGACGGAAGCCACUGAUGCCAGCAAGGACCCGCCUAAGGACACCAAUUGGCGCGCAGCGUCAUCUGGCGGCCGCGGCGUGAACCGCGCAGAGAGCUGUCGCGAGCGCGACCCGCCCCGCCGCGGCAAACAUAGGAACGCGAGCGACCCCAACCGUCUCACCGCGCACAACAACCAUGACCUUGAAGGUGGCGCGGCGACGGCGCCAUCAGGCAGUUCCAGCAGCUCCAGCCUGUCUUCCAGAAGUAACGAGAGCACCACGGUGCCCGCUGAUCCGCAAGCUUCCCAAUCGGACUGGUCGGAGGAGGAAGACCCGCUAGCCCCGCAGUGGGCGGACAGCCUCCCCCCUCAAAUUCUGGAUUCGCUGCUCCUGGACAAGCGGCACAGGAAACGUCAGGAGGUUAUCCAUGAACUAAUCGUCUCCGAAGGCUCCCACGUCCGUUGGCUCAAAGUCCUCGGUGUCGACUUCCUUCGACCUCUCGAAAAGCAGCCGUCUCUUUUACCCGCCGAAGAACUGAGGGCACUCUUCCCCAACCUCCCUGGAGUUAGAGAGAGACACAUGAAGUUGUACGCCGAUCUGAGGGCGCUGAGGAAUGAUUCGAGUAACCAUAUUGUACCGAUUAGGGCGGUUGCUGAUGCCAUGCUUGGAACGUUGGGUGACUCGGGCUACGCGUCCUGCCUGUCCCGGUUCUGCCGCGGCCAACGGCUCGCGUUGGAGACUCUCCGCGAACGACGCAGGAAGAACAAAGAACUGCACCAUUUCCUGUCAGCCCGUGAGCAGCUACCGAGAUGUGGAAGAUUGCAAUUGAGAGAUCUAUUAGCCUGUGUCUGGCAGAGAUUAACGAAGUACCAGCUCCUCCUACAAGGCAUCGUGGACACGGUGUGCGAGUCAGACGCGGACACGGACGAGGACAUCGCCCAACUGAAGAAAGCGCACGACACCGCCAAAGAUGUGCUGCAGAGUGUCGACACUGCCAUCAGGACCGCUGAGAAUGACCACAGGCUUCGAACAAUCCAGAACAAACUGGAAAUCCGCGCGGGCAGUGAAUGGGAAGAGUUGCGCAGACUGGACCUAACCCAGCGACAACUGCGCAUGGAAGGAGACUUGGCCAUCAGGCAUGAUGGCAACAAGAAGAUCAGCGUGCUGGCCCUGAUGCUGACGGACGUGUUGGUCCUCCUGCAGCGAGAAGGCGACAAGUUCGUUCUCCGGCCCAUUCCUGCUCCGAGCCAGCAGGGGGCGCUCUCGCCUCUCGUCAAAUGGGAUAAAGUGUUGUUCCGGCCGAACGCGGCGGCUCGCAACACGUUCUUCCUGAUGAACAUCAACGGGGUGCAGAUGCACGAACUGUCCGCCAACACGCCCGCAGAAUACGCCACAUGGGUGAAGAACAUCCAGGAAUGUCCUCUGGCCAAACUCGCGGAGCAAAAACCGAGCCUGACGCCGCAGCACACGCACUCGGCCUCCACCGCCAGCCGCACCACCGACGACGAAGGAAGCAACGUAUCCCGCAACCCAUCCGACGCCUCCGAGAAAUCCGCCGCAGCAGAAGAGCGGGACAGAGUUAGCGCCGAGAGGGAGAGGGAACGAGCGGUCAGCGCCGAGAGGGAAAGAGAGAGGGAAGCGGAGAAACAGGAGGAGGAGAAAGAGAAGGAACGCGAGAAGGAUGAAGUUGUUGAUAGGGAGGAUAAGCAUGUAGCCCGCCGGCCCACCAUGUCCCGCAUCUCGACGCACGAGGCCCCGCCGCCGCGGGCCCUCGAGCCGCAGGCCGCCGUCACCGUGAGCGCGGCGCGGGCUGAGCAGGCGCACACCGCCAUCAGGGCUUUCACUCCGCAAGAACAACUGCGUCGGCUAGACGAAGUGAUAACCCGAUCCCUGCGCGCCAAGAGCGCAGUGGUGGCCGAACUGCUGGGCGUGCCGGCCGACAGCUACGCGCAGGUGGCCGACCUGGCCGUGGCCGAAGCUUUAGGACAGUGUGAUACAUCAGGCGAAUUAAGACUCCAACGCAGCGUGAGCAACGAGGAACCUUCGGAAAUACACACACUGCUUCUCGCCGCUCUCACGCAAGCCAACCAACUGACAGAGUCCCUGACGCGGGCCCUGAAUGUGAACGAGGCGGCGGCCGUGGCGGCGCGCGCUCGCGGGCGGUGUGACCGCUGCGCGCGCCGCCCGCUGCAGCGCAGCUCCACGCUGAGAGCUGACAGCAGAGACGCUGCCGGUGAGACUACUGCACUAAUACUGAACGUGAACGAGGCGGCGGCCGUGGCGGCGCGCGCUCGCGGGCGGUGUGACCGCUGCGCGCGCCGCCCGCUGCAGCGCAGCUCCACGCUGAGAGCUGACAGCAGAGACGCUGCCGGUGAGACUACUGCACUAAUACUGAACGUGAACGAGGCGGCGGCCGUGGCGGCGCGCGCUCGCGGGCGGUGUGACCGCUGCGCGCGCCGCCCGCUGCAGCGCAGCUCCACGCUGAGAGCUGACAGCAGAGACGCUGCCGGUGAGACUACUGCACUAAUACUGAACGUGAACGAGGCGGCGGCCGUGGCGGCGCGCGCUCGCGGGCGGUGUGACCGCUGCGCGCGCCGCCCGCUGCAGCGCAGCUCCACGCUGAGAGCUGACAGCAGAGACGCUGCCGGUGAGACUACUGCACUAAUACUGAACGUGAACGAGGCGGCGGCCGUGGCGGCGCGCGCUCGCGGGCGGUGUGACCGCUGCGCGCGCCGCCCGCUGCAGCGCAGCUCCACGCUGAGAGCUGACAGCAGAGACGCUGCCGAACCACCAUCACCCCCGCGGUCCCCGGGCCAGCUGGACUCCCGGCUGGACGACUCAGUGUCCAUGCUGGACACCAUCUCGUCACUAGAGAAGGAAGCCUCGUUCGACAUGCUCAGCGACCUUGAGCCACAAGAGCCUAACGCCGAAGACGCUCUAGGUGAGUCCACUCUUCAAACCAGCUAG